AUGAAGUUCUCUACCAGCGCUCUUCUUAUCUUCCUCUUGGCUUCUUCAGAAGUCGUUAUAGCCGCGCCAAGAAGGGGUCGUGGUGGUCGUCGCGGAAGAGGUAGGGGAAGAGGUGUUGGCGGUCCUAAUGGUGAUGGCACCAACAUCUCAACGACUAUUACGGGCAAUGACGGAAAACCUACACCGACUGUUACAGAUGUCUUCAACCUUGUAUCGACAACCAUGACCUUGCCGGAUGGGAAGGUCACAGAAACGGUUGUCCCCGAUGAGGAUACCUUAACUACGAUUACUGAGGCAAAUGGGAGCGUCACCACUUCUACUUUGCCAGAGGAGACGGGGGUCGAUGGGGGUGAUGAGGAAAUCCCUGAGGCUGUGGCGGGCUCUUCUACUAGGGGGAGGGGCGGGAAUAAUUCGGAGGCUGCUGCGACUACUACUGGCAGGAGGGGCGGGAACGGGAAUAAUAAUUCGGGGGCUGCUUCGACUACUACUUCUGGUAGGAGGGGCGGGAAUGGGAAUGCUGGUGCCAGCACUACUACAUCUUCAAGUGCUAGUGCUAGCCCUACCAAUAGAGGAAACAAUGGAGGCAACAACGGCGGCAACAAUGGAGGGAAUAAUGGAGGAAACAAUAAUGGAGGCAAUAACGGAGGAAACAAUAAUGGAGGCAAUAACGGAGGAAACAAUAAUGGAGGCAAUAACGGUGGAAACAAUAAUGGAGGCAAUAACGGUGGAAACAAUGGAGGCAAUAACGGUGGAAACAAUAAUGCCGGCAACCUCGCUCUCGACCCUGCCAAUGUUCAAGACGCUAGCACCAAAACCGGCCAGGAAGCCGGCGACGAUCCCAAUCAAGCCGAGUCACUUACUGACGGGGCUAAUUUCAUCAACUUCUGCAAAGGAAAGACGUUGACGAACGGUCUUCAAGUCAAGAGCGGUUCUUGCAAUGGCAUCGUCAUGGGAGAUAUCCCUUCCACUUCCAACAUGGUCUCCACGAUCAUCACUUCUCCUACACCUGGCCAGAACAUCCAGGCAAACACUGAGUUCACUGUUAAGGUUACCACCAGGAAUCUAGUCGCUGGAAGCUUUACUAACCCUGCGAACACCUACUAUGCCGCCCCACAGCAGCUCCAGGGCGGGAAAGUUGUUGGACACACCCAUAUUACGAUUCAAAAGCUCGAUGCCUUGAACACCAAUAAGGCACCCGACGCCGGUGUGUUUGAGUUCUUCAAGGGUAUCAAUGACCGUGGUGAUGGAAACGGCAAUCUCGAGGCUGUCGUUACUGGUGGUCUUCCGGCAGGUGCAUAUCGACUUUGCACCCUCAGUUCUGCAUCCAACCAUCAGCCGGUCAUCAUGCCCAUCGCUCAGCGUGGUGCACAGGAUGAUUGUACCAAAUUUACUGUUGGCGGGAAUGGUGGUAAUAACAAUAACGGUGGCAACAAUGGUGGAGGCCGAGGACAAUAGUCUCCCCAUUCCCCUCAAUAAACCCACCCAAUGGCCCCUAUUCAUAAUCUUCUUCUGUACAAGUAUUAUUUUUCUUAGUUAUUUUUUUCUUGCCCUCCUGUGGCCCCCCC